AUGACCGACGCGAGUCCCUCCGGCUUCGGCGCAUGCGAAGCCCCGCUUACGCCGCCAGAGCUGGAGGCCGAAGGUGCUUAUAGUGAGCGCUGGAGGUUCCGUCUGGAGCUUGAAAGGGGCGAGGGUCCUAGGGCAGACGCCCUCCGUGCCGCCGACCCCUUCAGCGAUCCCGCGACGGUCAAGCCGCGCGGCAAGCCCGCCAGAUGGGCGUGGGGCCCCCAGGAGGUCUUCCCCAAUGUCUCCCAACACGUGCUUGCUAAGGACCGCUGGAAGACGGUCGUCUCUGCCCCGUGGGGCCGCAGGGAGGUAAUUCACAUCCUGGAGGCGCGGGCCUGUUCGGCUGCCGUGCGUAGAAGGGUCAGGACCGCCAAGGCCCAUGGGCGUCGUCUGCUCGGGUUCUCGGACAGCAUGGCUGCGGUGCUCGCUUUCACGAAGGGGCGUUCCACUGACGACGCCCUGCUCCAGCUUUGUCGCCAGUUUGCGGCGGUUGGCCGCGGGAGUACGGGUGCGAUGGAGGCGGGCAGCCCGGCUGCCCCCCGCGGCGCCCUCGGCCCGGAUUGGUGGGACCGCCGGCCCCGCCAGGGCUCGCGAGGGGCCCCCGACGGCCAGGGUGGCGCCCCGCUUGCGUCGGCCGCUGCCGCCUCCAAGCCCUCGACGCCGGCCCCCGCGGCCCGGGCGGCGAGGCCGACCCGGCUGACGCGGGCGAGCCCUUUGCCGUCCAGCGCCUUCUCCGCGACGGCCCUCCGCCGGGGAGGGCGGCUGCGCAGCCGGCGGGCCGCGGCGAGGUCGAGACGGGUGGCGGACGCGCCGGCAGCGCCGCCCCCGAGGGCCCGCGCUGGGGGCCUGAGCCUACUGGAGAACCGGUCCGCGGGCAAGGCCAUGCAGAAGCGCUACAGGGUGAUCUUCGACUCGGUCAUGAUGCUGAUGGGCCGGAGCUCGGACGAGGAGACGCUGCUUCCCAUCGGCAUGCGCCUGUGCAAGAAGCACUUCGACCAGGCGUGCGUCGACCUGGGCCUCGAGCAGUUCAAGCUGGUCACCUGCCAGGCCCGGCGCGGAGGGGCCGCCGGGGACAUCCUCCUCCAGCGGCGGACGCUCGAGGAGGCGCGCAAGCGGGGCACGUGGGAGACGUGCGCCAGCCUGCGCAGGUACGAGAAGAGCGGGAGGGUCCAGAAGGUAAUGCGGACCACGCCGCCGCACCUCCUCGCCUUCGCCCGGUUGGCGUGCACGAGCCUCGAG